CCGUAUGCAUUGUAGGUAGAAAUCCUCGAAGCCGUGCCUGUCAUUUUUCUUGUCUCACUGAGUUGAGCUGAGUUGAGUUAACUCGUCGAGUUCGUUUCUCUGGAUCGACAAGGAGAUGGAAGGAUUCAAAGAGAACCCUUCUGAGAUCCACAGAUGAGACUCAAUGGAAGACCUGUUUGGUACUUCUUCUUUAGGAAGCACAUAUGCUCAUAUGUGUUUUUUGCUAGAAGUGCUUUUAGUAGAUCAUGUCAAAAACCCAUGCUGGUGUUUCUCCAUUAAGUGCUUCUAUAAUCCUGAAGCACUGUUAAGUUUUUCAGUCAAAUGUAGGGGCCAGGGGGUAACGCUUUGGUUGUCAGAAAGCGCUUUUUCCAGAAGCAUUCCCAAACAAGUUUCCCUGUCAUGAAUGUUCUAUGUCCGAUGAAGAAAAGAAAAUUUCACGGUGAGCAAUUGGGCUUGCCAAUAACAAAGAACAGGUGCUUGGAACGAGUAUUUCCAUCUGAUAAAUCCAUCUCCAUGUUUGAUGAAAACCUUGAAGUAAAGAACAUGAUAAAACAGACACUGAAGAGAAAGAUAGACGGGGCAUCCCUGGAUGACGGGUCUGAACCUGAUUCGGGAAGAGGUAGCAACAGUUUCGUUGGAGAUUCUGAUUCUGCAACGUCGGUUUAUGGUGAUACAAAACUUGGACCCGUGUAUGCACAGACAUGCCAAUAUGAUAGGCCUUCCACUUCAUCAGCGAACGGCAUCAGCCAUAGUGCAGAUGAACUAAAAUAUGCGAACGGAGACCAUCAACCUAUGGAUCCUCAUGGUGAAAUACAAGAAUUUCAGAAUCUUGAAGAGCACAUCCAGGAAUUUGGAGACCAGGUGGAUUACAUUUUCGCAGAAUAUGGAGAUGACUGCAUUGAGCAAUGUGUGGACGCGGGUUACGAAGAUCUCAUCCACCCGAACGGUUUGAACCCGAACACAUAUGUACUUUCAUCGGGAAGAUGGAAUGUGAACCAAGAUAAUUCAGAGGCUGAAUCAGGCAGCAGCAGGAAGCCAACCAUCGAUCAAGAAUUCGAGCAGUAUUUUUCCUCCCUAAUGCUGUAGAAUUCAUUGCUUCACAGCAAUAGAUCUGUAAAUUUUUUUUAAAUUUUUUUAUAAAUAUGUUGACGAGGUUUAAUCAUAAAAGAGUUUUGGUUAUGGCACA